UUACGUUUCAGAAAAAAUCGGUCAAAAGUAAAAUUUUUUAUCAUAAUUGAAAACUGACAAGUCAAACGCAAAGCAAAUCAACGUUGCAGUAAAUCAGCUGUUCUGAGGAGGUUAUAUUUUGUGUGUGUCACACCGGUUGAUUUUAUUCAAAACAUGUCUGAAUUAAUCGGUGAGAUGGACGAUAUUAUAAAAGUACUUUUAAUUAAAUUGAUGGAAUCUCUUGAAGAUAAGUAUGAAGACUACCUGAAGUUAGUAAAAAGUUGGUUCAGAAUGAAAGACAGUAGACCCCAAUUGGAAGGAGAACUAAGGAGUUUUCUGACUCCUCAUCAAAAUCAUUUACAUUCUCAACUCUUGCUCCGCCUACUUUACAAGUCCGCAGAUAUUCAACAAAUCCCAUCAGAGCCAUCGAAACCUAAAAGGGAACACCGCAAUGUCCAUAGAUUUCAAGAAGGCUUUGAGCCAAUAGACCCUACAUUUUAUGUUGUGACUGAGCGGCAAGAGGUUAAUGGAGAAGUGCCACCAUUCAUGGUUCAUGAGAGGUUAUUGCCUGAUCAGUCAUCCACUUUAGCUAGACUUAUGUAUAGUGCAUGGGAGUUGGGUCUUGAAGGAUCUCAACCAAAUGUUGCCGAGUUCCUAACCGUUGCAACACAACACUUUUUAAAGAAUAUUAUAACUGCUGUCAUCACACGUAAAAAAGGUUACAAAUGUAGUCAAAACGGUUUUAUUCAUAGUCUUGGAACUGCUAUGCCAAACCCAUGGCUUCGAAAUGUAAAUAAGUACAGAUCUGAACCAUUUCACAGUCUCAAGUUUGACGGACGCUUGAAUGGUAUGAAUGGUAUCCUGAAGCCCGCAGAGCGCCCUACUAGAGAAGACUUAGAACAUGACGCAAUAUUCAGACUGUCCGCUAGUAGCGCUGAAGAGGAGACAGGCCCCAUCUCACUCUAUGAUCUCAUUAUCACCCUCCAGUUGUAUCCUAGUCUUGUUGCUUCAAACUUUGUUCGGGUCACUAAUACAGAGCGCAUAUACUCAAGACUUUGUCAUCCAGUAAUCGAUGAUUAAUGCUUUGCCAAGAUUCAACCUAUGUAUUUUUUUUUAGGAUAGUAUUAAUGUUAGGCUUUAGGGUAUUAUUUUAUACUCUACUAGCUAUCAAAAAUUGAAUGAAGU